AAAGGAAUAUAGAUGACCGUGUCAACUACCAACUCGCAAUAUUAUGACAACGUACGGGAUCACGCGGUUCAACUGAUAGCAAUAAGUACAGAUACAAAUACGAUACACAUCAUUCAUUGAAUAAAACACUUUAUUAUAGUGAACUAAUUAAAUGUUCUUAAUUUUUUUUUUGGAAGAAAAGUGUGUGUAAUAUGUCUAACUUAGUGUAUUUAUUGUUUUUAUUUGUUCCAAGUAUAUAUGGAAGAACCGUACUAAAUAACGAUAAAGAAAAUAUAAUUCCAUUAAAUGACACGAAAAAUGACAAACUUUUAUUGGAUUUACCUGUAUACAAUUUGCCAAAUGAUACUGAUAUUAAUUGCAAAUUGAACGCUGUCGAUAUAUCAAAUAACAUAGAGGAACACAAUGAACCUUGUGACCCUGUGUCUAAAGUUAAUAAUGGAACGGCGUUAAUUCUAACACCGUAUAUAGAGGAAGGUCGGAUCGAGGAGGCUCGGAAUGCGUGCGCAGUAGAUCCUCAAGUAUUCCUCGGCAUCAGGAGUUAUUCGGGUUUCUUCACUGUAAACAAGACAUACAACUCGAAUCUGUUCUUUUGGUACUUUCCCGUGGAGAAUAAAGCAGUGAAUGAGACACCCUGGAUAGUUUGGUUGCAAGGCGGUCCCGGAGCUUCGAGCAUGACGGGGCUUUUUGACGAGAUCGGGCCCUUCAAAGUGGUCGACGGGACUUUGAUACAGAAUCCGUAUACAUGGCUUCAAAAUCAUUCUCUCGUUUUUAUCGAGAAUCCGGUGGGCACUGGAUAUAGCUUCACUGAUCACGUGGACGGAUAUGCUAAAGAUAUGGCUACGUAUUCUAGUCAUAUGUACAAAGCACUACGGCAGUUCCUGCAAAUAUUUCCUGAACUGCGUGUAGCGCCACUGUACAUAUCGGGCGAGUCGUAUGCAGGGAAGUACGUGCCUUCUUUAGCUAUGGAGAUACACAAGCAUAAGGAUGCGCCUGGAAGCGACAUAAAUCUUCGGGGCAUAAUGAUAGGUAACGCAUACGUGGAACCAGCGAUGAUAGCUCAGUUGGUGCGGCCGUUCUAUUACUUCGGGCUUCUGGUGAAUGAACAGCUGGACAUUGUGAAACCACUUUUCGACGCUUUUCAAGAAGACAUCGCGGCCAACAGGAGCAUCGAAGCAAAGCAAAAAUGGAACAGCCUUGUAACUGUUCUGCUGUACCUGUCACAUCAAAAGCAAGCGUAUAAUUUCCUUCGUGACGACUUGCCAGUUGGCCAAUACGCUAGUUUCCUGGUCAAAUCCGAGGUAAAGCGGGCGCUGCACGUUGGAGAUAUUAGGUUCAGCUUUGUGAACCUUACAGUCAACUCAGAGCUGGCACCUGACUUCUUGAGUAGCGCCAGACCGAUGCUGGAAACCUUGCUCAAUCACUAUAGGGUUCUGGCGUACUGUGGACAUUUAGAUCAGAUGUUGCCAUGUGUGUUCGCGUCCGAGAUAUACCGCACGUGGAAGUGGAAUCGUUCAAACGAAUUCCUCAACGCCACCAGAAGUGCAUUCAUAUUUAAUAAAAGGAUAGCUGGUUACUUCAAAAGUGGCGGUGGUCUGACGGAGGCGAUGAUCCGCGGCGCCGGCCACAUGGUGCCGCUGGACGCGCCUGCGCCCGCGCAGUCGCUCGUAGCGCGCUGGACGCGUAACGAGCUCACCGCUUUGUACGGCGACUACGACUAUGUUGCCCGUCAAUAUGUGAAGAACUACUCGAUUGUACAUUACCUCUGAUAUGAUGUAUGCAUUGUGUAUUUAUAGAACACUAAUUGUUACUUGCGACUUCAUCCACGUGACCGCAAUAAAAAGUAGCCUAUGCUCUUCUCCAUCCCGUAUGUAUGUGUACCAAAUUUUAUAGUGAUUUCAUGGUGAAGCCGUUUAAACACUAAGAGGUAACAAGCAAACAAACUCACUUUCAUAUUUAUAAUUGGGGGUAGUUGCCAAGUUUGGCAGACAAGUUCGCAGUUACCCUUUGGUGAUGUUUCAAGAGAGACGCUGCUUUCCAUCCUUCGAUUAUUAAGUUCCCUUAGUCGUCUUUUAUGAGACCCACAGGAAAGGAAGGUGUGACCUAUUCUACGCCGGGACCAUACGACGUAGAAUGGGCCAUAAAAUAGUACUUUCGCGAUAUUAAUAAAUAAAAACAGAGAUUUAUAAAAUGGCGCCUAAGAAUCAACUCUAAUAUUAUAUCCUUAAGGUAUACAUAUUAUUUUUGCUUUACAUUGAUGAUAAAUAGAAAUACUUAAUACCACAACUUUUAGUUAGAAUUAACCAUUUAAGAUUUGAUUCUUAGCAUUCAUUACGAAAAUUUAAAAUUAUAUUAUCAAAAUAAGUAUAUUGAAUAAAAUUAUUUUUUUAAUUAUUAUAAAUAAUUCUUGAUAUUUAAGACAUUACUAUAAUGAGCGAUAUUGUUUAUCAAUGUAUAGAGCAUUGUUCGAUGCAUGUUGUAUGUAGAAUUCAAAGGGCUCGGAAUUUACGUUUGCGCUACCGAACGCAAGUGAAUGAACGAGACAGCACACUUUACGCAACACAUUAUUUACUUCCGUACGGUUACUUGGUUAUGGUUCAACGUAUUUUAAAAAUAGAAUCGUUUAAACUGAAGAUUUUUAAGUAGAGAAACCUAUUUACGUGACGAUAUAAAGCAUGUCAAGUUUUUUACGAUUACUUUUCACAAAAUAAUAAUAAACUUGUAUUUUAUAUAAUUGUUUUAAGCUAUAAAUUAUUGAAAUAAUUUAAUAAUUGAGUUUUUAGUUAUAAUUUUAUUUAAUGUAAGUAUCAAUUAAUAAAUUUUCAACCGACUUCAAACAGAAGUAGGUACUUAAUUUAGUUGUAUUUUUU